ACAGGGGCUAGGAGCGUUACCAGGGAAACAGCCGUUGGAUUUGUGGCGCCCGCUCAGUGACCAAAAUUUUUUCCUAAAAUGCUCCUGAGUUCCAAUAGAAGAAAAUGAAGUUUCCUCGUGGUAUUGCAUGUUAAUGAAAAUCUGCAGCUUUUGGAGUCAUAGAGCCCUGAGCUUCAAGGACCUCAAGAGAGCUUAUGGCCCAGCCUUCUGCUUGUAGGCAAAUGUCUGAGAAGAAAAAGAAUGAAGACAAUGGAACAAGCACUUCACUAAGUAAAGCAAGCAAAGAUACUUCCUAUAAGCGGCAAAACAAAGAUGGUGCCUGGGAUUCUUUGCAAAUGAUGACAAAACCAAAGCAGAACCAACUUACUCUUGUAACUGACUCAGAAAUGGCUUUGGUCAAUGCAUAUCUUGAACAAAGACGAGCGAGGCACCAUUCUGAAUUCAGCCGGGUGAAUCAGACCCAACCUGACAGUGAUACUACUGAGUGUGAGAGUGAAGUAUCUAACUCGGGAGCCUCCUCUUGGAAGGAGAGUGAAAGUGAACACCACCAAUCACCAGCCAGUAUUAAGAAGAGAAAAAUAGCUCAGAGGCAAAGGAAUAUGGGAGGUUGCCAAAUCAGGGAAAGGCCCUGCCUCCACUGCAAAGCCAUGAGAACCAAUGAAUGGCUGACCCGCCAUUUCCUUCAAAACACUUCAGUAACAACCCCAAAGAAGGGAGAUAUUCAAGAAGGAAAUUCUGGACCUGGUAUUAACAAAAUUCAGUAAAUUUUGAAUUUUAUCCAGUCCUUACCUUACUUGAAGCCAAAUGAAAGAGAUGAAUAAAACACAAAAAAUCACCAGAGCUCUAGGUGAGGAGGCUUUUACAAUAAAGUCUCUCUACUAACAACAAAAACAUUCUUGGAAUGCAAGAGAUAAAAUUUCAGAUAAUUCUUUGUCCAAAAACAGGCCAGUGAAUUUGUUUAUGGCACCAUUGGAGCAUCAAAGAUCUACAUCCACUGUGAUUUUUUUAUUCAAAAGAGCACAAGACAGAUACUUUAUGCC